AUGUGGUCUCUGCGUAGUAUCUUCUUCUUGAUCUGUGGUCAUAAUUUACUCUUUGUUGAAGUCAUAUUUUUGUCGACUGAGACAUUUAUUUUGUAGUUUUGGUACCUAGAUUAUUAAUAAAGACGUGCUCAAAUUAAUAAUUUUGAUUGUUUUUGAAACAUUAAUUGCAUGUUGUGAUAAGGCUAGUAAUUUUAAUUAAGAAAAUCUUCAAAAUUAUUUUCACUUUUGUGACAUUUAGUUGCCGUCUUCAUUAGCUCGUGCAAAUGGAUGAUUCUGUGGUUUCUCCAGGUAAUAAAAUGGCAGACUCAGCGUCUGAAAGUGAUUCGAGCUCUCUAGAUGGAGGAGCAAUGCUUCCUCCAAGUACGAUUUCUCGUGAUCAGCUACAAAAACGGAUUGAAUCUCUUCAACAACAAAAUAGAGUGCUUAAAGUGGAAGUUGACACUUACAAACUACGUGUAAAAGCUCUUCAAGAAGAGAAUCGUGCUUUGAGACAGGCUUCAGUUUCUAUACAAGCUAAAGCUGAGCAGGAAGAAGAAUAUAUUUCAAAUACAUUACUUAAGAAGAUUCAAGCUUUGAAGAAAGAGAAAGAAACCUUAGCUCACCACUAUGAAAGAGAGGAAGAAUGUCUCACAAAUGACCUGUCCAGGAAAUUGAAUCAGUUACGCCAAGAAAAAUGUCGCUUAGAGCAGACACUUGAACAAGAGCAAGAAUGCUUAGUGAACAAAUUAAUGCGUAAAAUUGAAAAACUUGAAGCUGAAACUUUGGCAAAGCAAACUAAUUUGGAAAGACUUCGUAGAGAAAAGGUUGAAUUGGAGAACACUUUAGAACAGGAGCAGGAAGCUCUUGUGAAUAGACUUUGGAAAAGGAUGGACAAACUUGAGGCUGAAAAACGAUCUUUACAAAUCAGGCUAGAUCAACCAGUGUCAGAUCCUGCAAGUCCUAGGGACAUAAGUAAUGGGGAUACUGCAUCAAACCUUAGUAAUCAUAUCCAAACACUACGCUCUGAAGUGGUAAAGUUAAGAAAUCAAUUGGCGGUAUCUCAAAAUGAAAACAAAGAGAAAAUGCACCGUUUUGCCUUAGAAGAGAAACACAUCCGGGAAGAGAACCUUCGCUUGCAACGUAAACUGCAGCAAGAGGUAGAACGUCGUGAGGCUCUAUGUCGACAUCUCUCCGAAAGUGAGUCGUCCUUGGAAAUGGAAGAGGAAAGGCAGUUCAAUGAAGCACUGAGUGCUCGGUCACGCAGCGUAUCUUCACCGGGUGGUUCCCGGCCGCUGUCUCCUUAUGCACAACCGUUGUUGCCGAACGCGGCCGGCAUGCGCACCGCCCUGCAUCUCAACUCGCAGUCAUGGCGACCGAGCGACCGUUUUGUAAAGCCGGCGGUACCGGGUGCGGGCCCUGUCUUAGUCCGAGGCGGUCCGAUGGAGGCGCCCGCGCCCCCCGCCCCCAUCGCCGCGUCGAUGCCUGCGCCCCCUGCUCCCGCCCCCCUCGCCGCCCCCGCACCCGCCAUGCCGCAACCUACCAGCCCAAUGGACAUCUCUUCCAAGGAUUAAGUGCAUUCAUCUAUGUAAGACCGUUAUCAGGGCCGGAUUUACCACGUAGCAAAAGUAGCAAACGUUACGGGCCCCGCGCAAUUCGAGCCAUGCUUUUCAGAGCCAAUUAAUUAAUUUUACAAGUUAGUGUCAAAAAUGC